AUGGAUACCAACGGCGACGCCGAGUCCAAGUACAUCACUCUGGUCUCGAGUGAUGGCUUCGAGUUCGUCGUCCUGCGCGAGGCCGCCAUGAUCAGCCCCGCGAUCAAAGGCAUGCUGGACCCUCGCAGCAGGUUCCAGGAGGCACAGAAGGGGCGUUGUCUCUUUGAAGAGAUCAGUGGCGUUGUCCUGGAAAAGGUCUGCGAGUAUUUCCAGUACUGGUACCGGUACCGGGAGAAAGAAGACGUCCCAGACAUGGACAUUCCCGUCGAGCUCUGUCUCGAGCUGCUGGUCGCCGCCGACUUCUUGGGCCUGGACAGUAAGACAACACUUCCCAACCUCCUCCCUCUUCCCGCGUUUUGA